GAGCAAACACCAAGAGCAAUCUGUUGGUUGUUGUUGCCGGCGUUUGCUUCCGGCGGCAGCAGCAACAGCCGCUCGUAAACGAGGAUGGAGGCGUUUAAGUUGCACAUAGCCAAGGCCAGAGGAGCACCUCUAUAAAAGCUGUCGAUUCACAUGGCAAUGGCAUCAGUUCAGCUCUUCAGUUCAUAUCAACCAGAUCAACGAUCACUAUGAGAGUCUUCCUUUGCUUGCUGGCGAUUGGCGCCGUAGUCAACGCGGGCUACAUUGGCGGUGGUGCUGGCGGUGGCGGUGGAGGUGGUGGCGGACACGGACAUGGACAUGGUGACUCUGGCGGCGCACCCGAAGUCAAAGUCAUCAAAAUAAUACACGAAUCGUCGGGAGGCGCAGGCGCUGGUGCUGGCGGUUGGGCAGCAGGAGGCGGUGGUGGUGGCGGUGGUGGCUGGUCGGCAGGCGGCGGCGGUGGUGGUGGCUGGUCAGCAGGCGGCGGCGGCGGCUAUGGAGGUGGCUCCAGCGGCGGCUACGGCGGCGGCUCCCAAGGUGGACAGGAGGUUAAGAUUAUUAAAAUCAUUACGCAGCCCUCAGACGGUGGCUAUGGAGGUGGCUCCAGUGGUGGCUGGUCUGCAGGUGGUGGCUCCAGUGGUGGCUGGUCUGCUGGCGCUGGAGGUGGUGGCUCUUCUGGCUGGUCGUCCGGAGGCAGCGACACCAACACAGCUGUAAAAAUCAUCAAAAUCAUCUCGGAAAGCAGCUCAAGUGGUGGUGAUACCGCAGGCUGGUCCGCUGGUGGCUCAGCAGGAGGCGGUGGUGGCUGGUCUUCGGCUGGUGCGGCAGGCGGUGGCUGGUCCUCGGCUGGCUCAUCAGGCGGUGCCGGUGGCUGGUCGUCGGGUGGCCCUGCAGCUGGCGGCUGGUCCUCGCCCGGUCCUGCCAGCGAUGGCUGGUCCUCCCAGGGCGGCGGCAGUGCCAGCGCCGGUUGGUCCUCGCAAGGCGGCGGCAGCUGGUAA